GGUCCGGAGUGCCGUGAGCUCGGUGUUGAAGUGCUGUCGCCCGACGAACGGAGGGCCUUGUGCCACUUUGGACCACAGUCAGGUGUUGUGCGCUAUUUGGUGUGGUGCCGACGGCUGCUGAUUGAGCGCCUUUCCAGUCCUGGCUUCGAGAUCCUGCUCCGACUCGCACCUCCGAUCAUUGUCUGCAACCUACGGGCUGAAAAUUCGCUCUUCGCCAACUCUUAAAGAACCCGGCAACAGGCCCGGCAGCCCGGGUGCGCACUUUGAAGUAAGCCCAGAGGAACCUCGGCAACAGCCACGGAAGGCGAAAACAUGGACCAGGCGGCAAACAACAAGGUACAUCUCGAGAAGGCCCAGAACUUUAUGCGCCAGUACCGGGACCCGGAGUCGCGCGAGCUGAAGAAGCUGUCCGCCAACCAGUUCAUGGACGUCUGGAGCCACUACGACCGGGACGGUAAUGGUUACAUUGAGGGAUCGGAGCUGGACGGCUUCCUGAAGGAGUUCGUCUCGAGUGCCAACGCCACAGACAUAAGCCCGGAGUCGCUCACCGAUGAGAUGCUGGUCGAGCUGAAGUCCUGCUUCAUGGAGGCGUACGACGAUAAUCAGGAUGGCAAGAUCGACAUCAGAGAGCUCGCUCAACUGUUGCCGAUGGAGGAGAACUUUCUGCUGCUUUUCCGGUUCGACAACCCGCUCGAGUCGAGCGUUGAGUUUAUGAAGAUCUGGCGUGAGUAUGACUCCGACAACAGCGGCUACAUCGAGGCGGACGAGUUGAAGAACUUUCUGCGCGAUCUGCUGAAGGAGGCGAAGAAGAUAAACGACGUGUCGGAGGACAAACUGAUCGAGUACACCGAUACGAUGCUACGAGUUUUCGAUGCAAACAAAGAUGGACGACUGCAGCUCUCGGAGAUGGCAAAGCUGCUUCCAGUGAAGGAAAACUUCCUCUGCCGGCAAGUGUUUAAGGAAGGGAAAAUAGAUGAAGAAGGUGCAGCCAAGCUGACGAAGGAGGACAUCGAGAAAGUGUUCUCGCUCUACGACAGAGACAAUAAUGGUUCGAUUGAGAACGAAGAGCUGCGCGGUUUCCUAAAGGACUUGCUCGAGUUGGUCAAGAAGGACUACGACGCACAGGAUCUGAUCGAGUUCGAGGAGACAAUCUUGCGGGGCGUCGGCUAUGACAAGGACGGCAAGAUUUCGCGCAAGGAGCUCACCAUGAUCCUGCUGGCGCUGGCGAAGCUGCCGCCGGACGAGGACCAGUAAUUGAUGGCGUCGGCGGUCUGCAUCGACACUACUAGUAGCAGCCAGCCCUGUAGCAGUAGCGGUAGCAGCAGCCAGGACGCGAUCAGCAAGGACCUCUUUCCGCCCAUCGCCAGCGUGCAGGACGGCAUCCGGGACCUGUAUCGUAAGUUUCGGCGAAAGAUUCACAAAAAAGAGUAGCAGCAGCAGCAGCAGCACGCAGACGUAGGGGCUCGGCCGGAAGCGAGGACGCAACCGGCGAAAGGCUUGCUAGGCUAGGUUAGUCUGCCCUAAUACACACAAACGCUUGCCAGAGAUAGCGCAAGAGAAAAGGAGAGAGAUUCAGCUCGAACGGAUUUAGUACAGCAAAAGAAGAUAACAGAUCAAUCAUAACACUAACAGACACACGAAGCGACAAGCGUCAAUCCAUGGCGCGAAUGUCAACACGCUUAACGGGAACACUCUCCAUACAUUGGCAAAUGCUCAAAUGAUCGGAAAUUGGGUGGUUUGGCGUCCGAAGUGUGCGAACGAUUCGAGUCCGCCUGGGUCACCUCUUGGACCGCGAGCUAAUUGUUGUUAACAACACACACCUUUUUAACCGCAUAUCCAAUUCCAGUUGAAAGUGUAUCCUACUAUUUAAAGCAUCCCGCGAUCGGAAGGCCUCCACCUCGCGGACGAUGAAAGAAGGACGACGGUGCACUGUGUUUACCCUUUAUCGGCCCUACUCUACUCUACUAACUAUAAAUGUUUCACAUUUUUGCAACUUGCUUGCUUUAGGCAAAAAGAGUAUUUAUAUGAAGAAAGGAACGACGAAAGCAGAGAAACUAUUUACUGCAGGCACCGAGCAGAGCAGGUUUGGCAGGGUAUUUUCCCGAUUGUGCUUUAUUUAUCCUGUUCUCGAAUAAUUUUCUACCAUACAGUUCCAUCCAAUCCUCUCAUGUGUUAAAUUCCUGCUUAUUUCAAUUUUUCGGAGUGUGUGAAUUUGAA